UCACUGUUCACUGGGGAGAUGCCAGGCGAACCACAACCCUGAACAUCAGGAGUCAGCUAUCACAGAGGCUGUUAUCUGGCUGGUAUCAUCUGUAGCCUGGAGAACAGAAAAGAUGGCCUUCAUUGUAGCUAUGGGGAUGAUCUUAAUGGCUGGAAUCUGUCCUGCUGUCCUAUGCUUCCCAGAUGGCACAAACGAAAUGGACAUUGUAUUCCAUGAACACCAAGAAAAUGGGACACCAGAUGACAGUCUCACAUUUGCCUCCGUCAACACUGACUUUGCCUUCAGCCUGUACAAGAAGCUGGCUUUGAAGAAUCCAGAUAAAAAUAUUGUCUUCUCCCCACUUAGCAUCUCAGCUGCCUUGGCCCUCGUGUCCCUGGGAGCAAAGGGCAAGACCAUGGAAGAGAUUCUAGAAGGUCUCAAGUUCAAUCUCACAGAGACCUCUGAAGCAGACAUGCACCAGGGCUUUGGGCACCUCCUACAGAGGCUCAGCCAGCCAGAGGACCAGGAUCAGAUAAACAUAGGCAAUGCCAUGUUUAUUGAAAAGGACCUGCAGAUCCUGGCAGAAUUCCAUGAGAAGACAAGGUCUCUGUACCAGGCUGAGGCCUUCACAGCAGACUUCCAGCAGGCCCCUUCUGCCAACUUCACCUCCAACUAG